AUGAGUCCAUCGCCGCCACCGAGGCUGGCGAAGUACCGGAGAACCGAUACAACCCCCAAGGAAAACAUAAAAGCCAGCACCUCUGGUAUCGGUAUUUUCACGAGCUUGCAGAGGAACAGGCCCAAUGUCCUCAACUACCUUGGUGCUGUCAGGCUUUACCAGUGUGGAGCGAAUCUGCCGCCCUUGGCCAAGACCAGGCUUGAAGCGUGGCUAACUAUGGGCAUCCCCCCUGGUGAAGCAACCGAAGACCAGCAACGAGAGCUCGACAGACGCAACACUCUCGUAAAUGAGUGGAGGGCAGCGGCCGCAAUGCUUGGGAUUAACCACCGAGAUCACCCAGUCAUCCCUCAAUCAAGAAUCAACAUGGAUCUGAUGUUUGUCGAGACUGGCAUCACGCAAAGCCGCAACCAGAGGUCAAACUAA